UUGAUCGUGAUGGUGGUUACGUGGCCGGAAAGUGUAAAACAUGGCAACGUAGACUUCCUCCACCAUUGGAUUUAAAGCGGGAAAGGGACGUUUGUGAUGUGAAAAGUUUGCUCCAGCUGACGGCACAGUUGUGAAACAACAUGCCAGUGGAUACUAUGUGGUAAAAACAUACCCGCGGGGUUCUGAAGACGUGUACGAAGUUUUACUUUUGAAAUAAUGUAACGUAAGCAAGGUAGCUAACCGACAAAGCCGUCUGUCCGCUGGGGAACCGUGAGCGUACGUUAAGUCGGCGUUUAACAGUUACCGUCAGUUAAACUAGACAGCGAGAAACACGUCUCGGCUAACGUUUCAUUCUUUUACUUGUUUCUAGCGAAACGCUUGUUUAUAGUUUCACUCUGCGUCUUCUUUGUAAACAACAUUUUCUUUGUUUACACCCACGGGACAAACAAGGACUUCCUGGGGCAUGUUGACUCAAGGUGAAGGGGCAAGACAACAUUUUUUCUCUCAAUGAAAGAGAAUAAAAUGAAGCCAAAACGCAUUCAGAGGCACAGAGGGCCAAACUGGCAAGGAAAGGACGCCAACACUGGUGACAAGACGACACUGAGCCAAGCUAAGCCAACAUCACAUGUGUCCUCUCCUGCUCAAGUCAAACCUUUUGCUGGGAAAGUCUUUUACCUGGAUCUGCCAUCAAACAGGACAGCAGAGACACUGGAGAGAGACAUCAAAGAAUUAGGAGGGACUGUUGAGAAGUUCUUUAGUAAAGAAAUUAAGUAUUUGGUGUCCAACAAGAGGGAGGCCAGAUAUGUGCAGUGCCUCAGGCAGGACUCUCCUGUCCCCAGCCCGGAAUCUGGACAGAGUUCACCGCGCCCUCGCUCAAAUUCACACCAGCCUGGCAGCCAUGGGGACAAGAUCAAAAGGUCGCAGCGCCAAACAGACACAUUUGUCACAAGUCGAGGGAAGUCUUUGGUGGAGAGAGUGGUGAAGGAGCAGGAGAGGGUACAAAUGAACAAGAUUCUGUCAAAUGCUCUGGAGUGGGGUGUGAAAAUCCUCUACAUAGAUGAUAUAAUCGCUUAUGUACAGAAGAGAAAAAAGAUUGUCAGCAGCCUGUGUCCUGCAACCACUACUGUCAAAACAAAUGUCAAAGCUGAGUCCGCAGCAAAGCAAGGCCCUCAAAAAUGCAAAGGUGGGAGAAUCAGUAAACCCUUCGUCAAGGUUGAAGAUUCAAGCAGACACUAUCGUCCAAUCUACCUCACAAUGCCAAACAUGCCCGAGUUCAACCUGAGGGCCGUUCCUCCUUUUAGUCCCUUUUGUGUGGAGGACAAGGAUCAUCCUGGGAACAAGCAGCAGGGACACAGAGGUGUGAAAGCCUCAGCCAGUGAGGAGAGAGCUCACGGCCGAAAGAAGAACAGGGACAAGAAACGAGGCGGCUACUGCGAGUGCUGCAUGGUCAAAUAUGAAAACCUAAAAAUGCAUCUACAGAGUGAACGUCACAAAGCUUUCUCUAAGAGUGAUGAAUACUUGGUGGUGGACAGACAGGUUUCAACGCUGCACUGCAGCUUCAUCGACAUCAGAACUAAAGUUAAAAGACCAAAGUGCAGUGUUUCCUCUGUUCUGGUUGCUCCUGGACCAUGUGGGAAAACUGAGCUAAGGCACAGGGGAGAUGUCGAUACCACAGAGACUAUUAAAGAGGAGCAUCACCAGGCUGUCGAUGUGGAAUCUAAUUCAGGACAUGCUUUAAAAAUCAGAUCAGUUCCUGGUUCUGCUCCUCUGAUUCACAGAGAGAGAGACUGGAGGAACUGUUACACUUACUCAGACAGAUCUAAGCACAAGUCUCUUGCAAGUAAACGGCCGUGCAGACAAAAUUCCUUGACUUCUUGCACUCAAAAAGCUGAGCAGGCUCAAAUUCCUCAUGUCAAGACGGAAACAGCCCCCUCUAGAGGGGAAUGUCUUGUUUCUUUUCCCUCAAGAGUUACUCGGGCCAACUCUAUGGACCAAAUAUCUCACAAAGACAUGAACAGCUCAACCUCACUCUUCAGUGUACAGAACGAUUCCUCAAAAGGCCUAAAUGUUGUGACAAAUCAACAAGAGGAGUUUGACACAAACAAGGAUUCGUUACAGUUUGAGGCUGUUCAGGAUGGAAACACAUCGCCCGACAAAAUGACUGGAAACAACCUCACAGAAGAUGAAGAGGGAAGUCUUCCUCCACAGAGCUUCUCUCUGGCCCGGAAAAUACAGAGGAGGGUCAGAGUAUACAAACGUAAAAGACGGAAAGUAGACACACAUGUUAAACGUGUAACGCUGAACAAUGAUCCAGACAACUCUGUGCUGAAGCUGUGGGAGCUUUUCCAGUCAAGUGAUGACAUGGACGUGGAGUUUCACGGAUUUGAGGACUAAGAAAGAACAAAUGAACUGAAGGGAUUAACUGCACUAUUAUUGCCUUUUCCAAUACUAGAACCAUUCCACUUUGUCUAGCAAGCUAACAGAUUGUUCUUGUUUCCAGGGACAUAUUUUUACCCUUGCUUUGUUUAAUGUCAGGUGAAAGGCAGCUGCUGAUGUGCUGUAACAUUUUCUUUACAGCACAGUAUACAUUUUAAGAGGUAAAAUGUCACAUGUCAACAUUAUCAUUAUCUUCACAGUGGCUAUAAACUGUAUGACUUCUAUCAUUUUGCACACAACUUGCUGCAAAAACAUGAUAAUUACAUUUAUUUGGCAUUUCUAUUAUCAGAAUAGAUUGAAAAUUAAAGAAAUGUUUGCAGAGCGAUAAUAUUCCCAUCACAGUAACAUCUCAUCUGAGCUGUCUCAAAGCCCAAGAAUAUUUCUCUCUCCUUUGUGAUGGGUUUGGAUUUAAAAAGGGAAAUCAAUAAUAUAAUUUCAACAGGAUUCACUUUUUUUUCUCUGCUCAUGAGAUAAUAGGUUUUCGUGAUAUUAUGCACAUUCAUUGUGAAUUGAAAUAUCCACUAUUUGCCCACUUGGUCCAAGUUGCCUCACUCUUGAGAUUAUUCCAUAACACAUUAUUCAUUCCUCAGUUUUACACUAAUGAGUUGUGAAGUCUCUGCCGUUUGUAUCAGUAACGGGAGCCAAUCCUCUAAAUUUAUAUAAACUUAUGGGGUAAAAUGCCGCCCAUAGAAGACACUUCUUUUACACAUUGCUCUGCAGAAUAAAACACAGCACUCCCAACCCCACCACAAAGUAUAAAUUGGACUUUAUAGAAGACAGAGAACAGUAAUUUGUUUGGAUCUUAAACCAGAAAUUACCCAUCAAAUGUAUUUUUGAACAGAGGUGUAAAAUAUCAGAGUUGAAUACCUUUUAUUGCCACUAGAGGAUCUGUGAAAUAUUAGUGAGUGAAUACAUUUUGUGUGUUUAUUUUCAAAGUUUACAGUCUCUGCAUGCACACAGACUAAAUUCGGAAUGUUUUUCUUUUACAGCCCCGUCAGAUAUAAAUGGUACAGUAAUUUAGAGAAAGAAGACUUGAAUCUUCCCAGACAUGAAGAACUGAUAUUAUUAAAUACAUAUACUGGUUUUGUAUGUAUUUUAAUGUGAAUGACCUGUGGUUCAGAAGUGUGGUACUUGACAUUUUAUGUGACAUUUUAGGAUUCUUCCUAAGUGCACUUUUCAUGACCUGCCUCCAUGUGCUUUUUUUCUUGAUGCAUUAGCUCAGCUUCUCCCUUUUUUCUCUGCAUUUAGUGCAUUAGCAUAGUGCCCUUGUUCUCCCUCAAUGCUCUCAGAUGAAUGCACUGGGUCAAAUGGGAGUCUCUGUGCCACUGGCAUCAAGAAAACAACAUGAGCAGCAAUGUGCUCUGAGGUACAAACAGCAUUACUACAAAUAAAGGUAGCGCUGAACGCA